AUGGUUCUAGUGGCGGGUUUGGAGUUGGUGGAGGUCCGGCCGGAUUCGUUGUUGAUUGAUUCAGUUGAAAAUUUGAAGAACAAGUUCGGAUUUGAUGAUGCUUUCAACUACAAAGAGGAGCAAGACUUGGAAGCAGCUUUGAAAAGGUGCUUUCCUGAGGGCAUUGACAUUUACUUCGAAAAUUAUAAUCUUAGCCAGCCUGAAAGUGCACACAAUUUGAUGAACAUUGUUUUUGAGCACAUUCAAAUGAAAGGAUUUUUUAUCACCGAUUACUCUCCUGAAUAUGUAAAGUUUUUGGAGGUUGUGCUGCCUUUGAUCCGAGAAGGGAAGAUUGUUUAUCUUGAAGACAUUGCUGAAGGUCUUGAAAAUGCUCCUGCAAUUCUUCUUGUUCUAUGUAGUGGACAAUGUUGGGUUGUUUCCUGGGAGUAA